CGACCUGUAUUCUCUUCUUCCCCUGCAGGUCGACAGCCGGCAUCCAACCUGUAACUUCAUGCUGGAGGUGGAGAGAGACCAGCUGGAGUGCGUGAAGCGACUGAGGGAGGAGGAGGGCGGCGGCGGCGGCGGCCAAAAAGUCGCGGGUUGCAAAGGAACGUGGGACAACAUCGCGUGUUGGGAUCGAGCUGAGAUCGGAGAGACGGUCACCAUCCCCUGUCCUCGAGUCCUCAAGACUCUGUUUGGCAAAAAUGGUAACAUCAGCAGGAACUGCUCGUCUGCCGGAUGGUCGGAGGUUUUCCCAAACAUCAGCAGUGUGUGUGAGUCGGACACGAGCCAGGACAAGCUCGUCUUCUACGUGGUCGUGCAGACGCUCUACACCCUGGGCCACAGUCUGUCUUUGAUCGCCCUCACCACCGGGAGCGCCAUCCUCUACCUGUUCCGGAAGCUCCACUGCACCAGGAACUACAUCCACCUCAACCUCUUCUUCUCCUUCAUCCUGAGAGCCGUGGCCGUGCUGGUCAAGGACGACAUCAUCUUCAACCGAACCUCGCAGUGCUCCAACCAGCCUUCACUGGUGGGAUGUAAAGCCAGCCUGGUGGUGUUCCAGUACUUCAUCAUGGCUAACUUCUUCUGGCUGCUGGUGGAGGGUCUGUACCUCCACACUCUGCUCGUCGUCAUCUUCUCCGAGAACAGACACUUCAUCGUCUACAUGUUCAUCGGCUGGG